AUGAAAGCCCUUUCUUCUCUCGCAUGCCUUGCCGCCCUAACGGCCAGCGCCGUUGCAAAGACACACAACUUGGAGUGGAACAUGACGUGGGUGACCGCAAACCCCGAUGGCCUGCAACCUCGCCCGGUCAUUGGUAUCAACAACGAAUGGCCACUGCCUCUUCUCAACUUCACCAAAGGCGACCGAGUAAUCGCCAACGUGCGAAACCAGCUCGGCAACCAAUCAACCAGUGUCCACUUUCACGGAUUCUUCCAGAAUGGCACGAACGAGAUGGAUGGGCCGCCUGAUCUUACGCAGUGCGCUAUUCCACCUAACGAGACUAUGGUGUAUAAUUUUACGAUCGACCAAUCCGGCACGUACUGGUACCACUCGCACACCAAGGGGCAGUAUCCAGAUGGAUGGCGACAGGCUCUUGUUAUCCACGAUGAAGACGAUCCAUAUAAUGGGAAGUAUGACAAGGAGCUUGUGAUAUCGCUAUCGGACUGGUACCAUGACCAGAUGCCUGGCUUAUUGAGGCAAUUCAUUAGCGUUUCGAACCCGACUGGCGCAGAGCCCGUGCCCAAGUCUGCAUUAAUGAACGAUACGCAGAACCUGACUAUCCCUGUCGAGCCCGGAAAGACAUACCUCCUCCGCCUGGCCAACAUUGGCGCGUUUGCUAGUCAAUACUUCUGGAUUGAAGACCACGAGAUGCAGAUUGUUGAGGUUGAUGGCGUCUGGACCGAACCUGCGAAUGCAUCCAUGAUUUACAUUGCUUCUGCUCAGCGGUACAGUGUCCUUGUCACCAUGAAAAAUGAAAGUACCGCCAACUAUGCGAUGGUGGGCAGUAUGGACACCGACCUGUUUGAUACCCUCCCAGACACACUCAACUACAACGUGACCGGCUGGCUUGUAUAUGACGAAUCUGCCGAAAGGCCAGCGGCAAAGGAUGUGGCUGAAUUUGAUUACUACGACGACUAUACUCUUGUCCCAUACGACAAAAUUGAAGCAUACCCCGACGCAGAUAUGACAAUUACCCUAGAUCUGACCAUGGACAAUUUAGGCGACGGAGCCAACUACGCCUUCUUUAACGGCAUCUCCUACGUAGCGCCCAAGGUCCCAGUGCUCUACUCAGUGCUCACGACUGGCUCCGCAGCAACCGAUGCCGCAAUCUACGGGACAGACACCAACGCAUUCGUCUUUGAUAAAGGCGACGUUAUUGAUAUCGUACUGAACAACGACGAUACGGGCAAGCACCCGUUCCACCUUCACGGGCAUAACUUCCAGGUACUCUGGCGCAGCGGCGAUGACGAGGGCCACUAUAACCUUGAGAAUGCCACGUUUGCGCCGAUUCCUGUCAGACGUGAUACCCUCAUUGCGCCGCCGAGUGGGAAUUUCCUGGUUAGAUUUGUUGCGGAUAAUCCUGGAGUCUGGUUCUUCCACUGCCACAUCGAAUGGCACAUGGACGCCGGCCUCGCAGCCGUCAUGGUCGAAGCACCAACGUACCUCCAGGAACACCUGGCAAUCCCGCAGAACCACUACGACGUCUGUGCGGCGAGUGGCACGCUUACCGCUGGUAAUGCGGCGGGCAAUACUGAAGACUUUUACGACCUGACCGGCGAGAACAGGGCUGUUGCGCCUCUACCUGCGGGCUUUACGGCGCGCGGCAUUGUUGCGCUUGUGUUCAGCUGCGUCGCUGCUUUCCUGGGGUUGGCUUCGAUUGUUUGGUAUGGAGUCGCUCCGAUCAAGAAUAAUCGGAUCACACUCUAG